CGCGCGACGUACGGCUGUGAGGGCCGGCUGCGGUAGCGGCGCUUGGUCCAGACGAGCCAGGCUUCAGGCCUUGAAAGACGUGUCCUAAAAGAAAAGACAGUCCGCUUGUAAUUGAAGUCAUAAAUAACACCGUCGUGCUGAAGAUAAGUUACAUCCAAGAAAUCUUAUCCCAGAACUUUGUAGGCUGUUCUAUGGUUUAGGCUGGGUAACGGGAACUGGUGGAGGAAUCAGCCUGAAACAUGGGAAUGAAAUCUAUAUUGCUCCUUCAGGAGUCCAGAAGGAAAGAAUACAGCCAGAAGAUAUGUUUGUUUGUGACAUGAAUGAGCAGGACAUCAGUGGUCCUCCAGCACACAAGAAACUAAAGAAAAGCCAGUGCACACCUCUUUUUAUGAAUGCCUACACUAUGAGAGGAGCAGGUGCAGUGAUACAUACUCAUUCCAAGGCUGCUGUUAUGGCUACCCUUCUUUACCCAGGGAGUGAGUUCACUAUUACCCAUCAGGAGAUGAUAAAAGGAAUCCAGAAGUGUUCUUCAGGAGGCUAUUACCGAUCCAAGAUUCCACUGCCUUGUCUCACACCAGACUGCACACUGAAUUCAGAAGAAAUUCUGGAAGCUAUCUGUUACAGAUAUGAUGAUACACUGGUGGUUCCCAUUAUUGAGAAUACACCAGAAGAGAAGGAUCUCAAGGAAAGAAUGGCAAAAGCAAUGGAAGAAUACCCAGAUUCCUGUGCUGUUUUGGUCAGACGUCAUGGAGUUUAUGUAUGGGGAGAAACAUGGGAAAAAGCCAAAACAAUGUGUGAAUGUUACGACUACCUAUUUGAUAUUGCAGUGCAGAUGAAGCAGCAUGGGCUAGAUCCUUCAAAACAUCCAGCGGGAGAAAAUGGGAUCUUGUGAAUGACAGCAAUAUUCAGGUUUCUUCUUAUGUGAUCAUGGGAGUUCCAGUUUCCACCUCGCACUGUUGAAGCCAGAAGGGGGUGCUCUUGUAUUCAGCUGAAUUAACAGAUGUUGGCAGCCAAUUUUGACCAGACGUAUCAAAGAAGAAAAAGAGUUAAAACAAAGAGAUCCUGCACAAUCAUUGCUGUUUAUGAGUACUGGCAAAAGCUACUUUAGGAGGAAUGAAAAUUCACAUUCAAAGAGCUACAGAGAACUAAUGUGACACAUUGUUUGCGUGAUUUAAAAAUUAGUGUUUUAACAAAUUUGCAUUUGCUGAUCCUGCUCUACUGCUGCAUCGUUUGACUUGUUCUAGAUCUCAAUUUCUGAAAGAUAAAGCAGUCCUUAUUGGUUGGAAAGAUAUGAGGACCUCCCCUUAAUUAAAAGUUAUGUUUAAAAUGAUUGCUUAAACUACUGAUUAAUUUAUGCUACAUUAAUUUCUGUGAAAUUAAGCUUGUAGCAUAUGCAUUUUUAAGUCAUAUGUUAAUUGUUAUUCUGCGUAGGAAAAUCACAUAAUUUUGUAGCAUGCAUUUGGAAGUUGUUACCGAGACAUUCCUCCAGGUCUUACCUAUUUUUUACCUCUUAAAAUUCAGUCACUUUCAAUGCAAUUGUUUAAAACAGUUUUUUUAAUGAACUGCUAUAAGCCAGACUCAUGUCAGUUUACUCAAACAGCUCAUUAAAAUUUAGUUUUAUAUGUUUAUA